AUGUCGCACGUCACCUUUGACAACAUCUACAUGGGCGAGUCGGGCGAGCUGGGCAAGCUUCGCUUCAACCCCGCUGGCUUUGGCUGGAAGUCGUACAAGGACGAGGAGAACACCCCCACCACCUUUACCGGUACCGAUGUCCGCAGCGGCACUUGGAUGCGUGUGGCGCGCAACUUUCAGCUUCGCCUGCUGAUGCGUUCCCCCGACAAGCCUAUCGUGACCUUUGACGGCUUCAAGCGCGAGGACCACGACAAGGUCAAGCGCACCAUUAACGAGUACUUCAACGUUACUCUUGAAAACCGUGACACCUCGCUCAAGGGCUGGAACUGGGGCAAGGCGAUUGUUCAGAACCAGGACAUUGCUUUUGAGGUGCAGCACAAGACGGCGUUUGAGCUUCCUCUUUCGUUGGUCGCCAACUCGAACAUUGCCGGCAAGAACGAGGUCGCCAUCGAGUUUUCCCCCCACACCGUUCCCGGCGUCGGUGCUCGUGAGCCCGACGAGCUUGUCGAGAUUCGCUUCUAUGUCCCUGGCAAGAGCAAGAAGGCCAAGGGAAGCGACGCGGGCAGCGGAGACGAGGACGAGACGGACUAUGACGAGGAAGGAAACGAGAUCAGUGCCGCCGAGGCGCUCCACAACGUCAUCAAGGACAAGGCCGACAUUGGCGCUACCGUUGGGGACAGCAUUGUCGUCUUUGAGGAUGUCCUCGUUCUUACCCCGCGUGGUCGUUUCUCGCUCGAGUUCUUCCACGAGUCGCUCCGCCUUCUCGGCAAGUCGACCGACUACCGCGUUCCUUUCACAUCCAUCAACCGCAUCUUCCUUCUCCCCAAGCUCGACGACCUCCAUGUUCAGCUUGUGCUCGGUCUCGACCCUCCUAUCCGCCAGGGUGCUACCCGCUACCCAUUCCUUGUUGCCCAGUGGCCCAAGGACGAGGAGGUCGACGCCGAGCUCAACCUCGAUGAGGAGGAGAUUGCCAAGUACCCCGACCUCCAGAAGAAGUACGAGGCUCCCACGUUCCAGGUCAUUUCGCGUGUCCUCAAGUCCUUGACCGGCAAGAAGGUUACUCCUCCCGGCAGCUUCCGCAACGCCCAGGGCGUCAAUGGAAUCAAGGCCAACGUCAAGGCCGUUCAGGGAGAGCUCUACUUCCUCGAAAAGGGCCUCAUCUUCAUUGCCAAGCAGCCCAUCCUCAUCGACUUUAGCAAGACUGAGAGCAUCUCGUUUUCGCGUGUCGGUGGCGGUAUCGCCUCGGCCCGUACCUUUGACAUGCGCGUCGUCUCCAAGAUGGGCACCGCCGACCACGUCUUUAGCGCCAUUAGCAAGGAGGAGGUUGGCCCCAUUUCGCAGUUCCUUGCCAGCAAGAACGUGCGCCUGAAGAACGAGAUGGAGGAGACGAUGGACGUCGACAACGUGAUGGACCUCGAGGACCUUUCCGAUGACGACGACGACGUCAGCAUCAACUCUGAGGACGAGGGCCGCAAGAAGAAGAACAAGAACAAGGCCAAGGAGGUCACCAAGUCGCGCAAGCCCGCCGAUGAGGACUCGGAGUCGGACGACGAGGACUUUGAGGACGAGUCGUCUGACGGCGGCUCGCCCUCUGAGAGCGACUCAGAUGAUGAGGGCUCCGGCUUUGCCUCAGAUGCUUCCGACCCCAUGAUGGAGGAGCUCCGCCGCAAGCAGGCCAACAAGGCUUCCAAGAAGAAGAAGGCCAAGGGCAGCAACACGGACGACGAGGGUGCCCCCAAGAAGAAGAAGGCCAAGAUGGAUGUGGACGAGUAG